AUGCCGUACGACGAGGAGGAGCAGCCUCCUCCGUCGAAGCCUGGGCCAGCGAGGCCGAUGCAGGCAGUGCGGCUCACCAAGGACCACAACUCCGACGCACCCCUGGCCCCCAACGACCAGAAGGUGCUGCUAGAGCUCAACGGCGUCUCCUCCGCCGCCACCAGGGCACCACUGGACCUUGUCGCAGUCAUUGACACCAGCGGCAGCAUGCGGGGUAACAAACUGGAAAACGCCAAGAAAGCCCUCAGCUUCAUCAUCCGCAAGCUCACUGACCGCGACCGCCUGUGUAUCGUCCAGUUCCACGGCAAUGUCAAACGGCUCUGCCAGCUGCGCUGUGUCACCGAGGCCGGCCGCGCCGAACUCGAAGCCAUCGUCAGCGGCCUCCGGGGCGGUGGAUCGACCAAUAUCGAGGCGGGCCUCAGGGAAGCCGUCACCGUCGUUGGGGGCCGCAAGUACACCACCGGCCGCGCCGCCAACAUCAUGCUCUUGUCCGACGGUGAUGAGGACAGAGGCACCAACGCGAGGAGUGUCGAGCCGGGCAACGUGCCCGUCCACACCUUCGGCUUUGGCGACGGCCACGACUCCAAGCUGCUGGGCGCGGUCGCGGAGAAGAGCCUGGGCGGUGUGUACAACUACGUCGCCGACAGCAACGACCCCGCCAAGCUCGCCGAGGCCUUCUCCCGGAUCCUGGCCGGCCUCGUCACCAUCAUCGCCCAGGACCUCGAGCUCACCAUCACGCCGCUCCCCGGCGAGGCAACCAUCGAGAACGUGUACGCCGGGACCUACCCGAAGGACCCAAAGGACCCUCCCGGCUCCUUGCCCGUCACCGUCAGGUUCGGCACCCUCUCCAGCGAGGAGGCGCGAAGCGUCGUCGUCGAGCUCGCGCUCAGCGACCGCACCGGCUUCCGGGCGUAUCGCGCCACCGUCGCGGAGGUCCAAUACAGGUUCAGAACCGCUCAGGGGCAGCAGGUCACCUCCGAUCCCGAGAAGAUCACCAUAAAACGCAGCUGGAAAGUGGCCGCCACGGCAGUUGACGGCGCGCCGCGGCCGGUGGAGACCGAGGUCAUCCGGCAGCAGCACGUGAUCACGAUCAGACAAGCGGUGGAGAAGGCCGAGAAUGACAGAAUGGACGAGGCGUGGAACGUACUGGCGGCGGCGCUGAAAAAACUGGUGGAGGCGCGGAAGAGGCUAUUCGAUCCGAUACUGGAAGAGCUCCAGAAUGAGCUCAUGAAGCUGUUGGCGCUCUUCAAGACGAAGCAGCUGUACACACAGCACGGCCGCCCCUACGCCAUUGCUUCGGAAGCUUGCCACGGCCGCCGGCGCUCCACCGAGAAAGGCGACGAGGCUGCCGGACCCUACGACACGCAACGCGUCAAGCAGUACCGCAAGCAGGUCCAGCAGCCCCACGAGACACCCCUGCCGUCCGCCGCUGAUGAAGAGCUGGCGGAAGAGCCGGAGCCGGAGGCGCCACUGAGGAGGACGGCGUCAGUGGUGCUGCGUCUGCUCACGGCGGUGCUCAGCCUGUUGGCCUUCUCGAUCAUGGCCAGCGCAAGGACGUCCGGAUGGGCCAGUGACUACUACGGCCGCUACGAGCCGUACAGGUAA